GGAACAGGGAGCUGAGAUUUAACCGCUAGGUCUGCUGCUGCCAAGUUUUUGGCUCCAGCUGUGCCAGGUUCCUGCUGUUACAAGCUUUCUCGUCGGCCGGGCCGCAGCGGGAGGAGGCGGCUGGCGGGUUGUUUUUAAUGACUGUGCACCUAGUAAUGAUUAAUCCCUGGGCUGCCAUUUUAAGAUGAACAAAGAGGGGAGGAAAACAGAGGGGACCCAGGUAGCUGCUUUUAAAGGAAACCCAGCCAUCCCCCUUCUCAAGGCAGUGGCUCCAGGAAUGGAGCUCUGACCCAGAGGCCCAUCUGCAGGCAGCACCAGGCUGAUUAACGGCACCAGAGAGAGCUGCAAACUAAGGUGAAAUAAGAGAGGAGGUGGCACUGGCAGAAACUGUUGCAGCCGGAGUGGAGGCCCCAGCUGAACAUUCCCAUCCUGUCUCCAGCGGUUCAGGACGGCUGGAUUCAGCAGGGAUCAUUGACCCCGCACGUUCCUAGCGAUCCAAAAAUCCAAGAGGAGCUGUAAAUGUAAAUAUGUGAAAUUCCCCCUUUACCGGAUAACUGUCACCUACCAGUACACAGGCGUUCUCCUCCCUGGGCCAAACUGACUCGUGCGGAAGCGGCAAGGUCGGGCCUUUUUCUCUUACUAAUAAGGCGUUUCUAAGGCUGUGGUCCCUGGCGCCUGCCCUGCGUCGGAUCCUUCCUCCGCCAUGUACAGCCAGAAGCCCUACACCAGCCCGCCCACCGGCUACGGCCCCCCCGGCGACGGCUACGGCUACGACAUCCACUCCCCCGCGCCGGGCUCCUUCUACGUGGAGGACGUGCCGCAGUAUUUUUACAAGUGGAACUCUCCGCCCGGCGUGGUGAGGAUCCUGGAGGCCCUGGUCGUCCUGCUCUGCAUCACCAUCUUCGCCUGCGUGGCCUCCACGCUGGCCUGGGAAUACAGUUACGGCUACGGGGGGAUGUACGGGAGCGGGCUAGGCAGCUACUACGGGUCUGGCUAUUAUGGAGGAGGGAUGGGCUACGGGGGCUACGGGGGCUAUGGCGGAUACGGCGGCUAUGGAGGCUACUAUGGCGGGAUGACCAACCCGCGGGCAGCCAGCGGGUUCAUGAUCGCCAUGUCGGUCUUGUGCUUCAUCGCGCUGCUGGGCCUCUUCGUGGCCAGCGUCACCAAGUCCAGCGGCGCCCGCUCCCGCAGGUUUUACCUGGUGGUCAUCGUGGUGUGCGCCAUCCUGGCCUUCGUCAUGCUCAUCGCCUCCAUCGUCUACAUCAUGGGCGUCAACCCCCGGGCGCAAAUGACAGGCAGCUACUACUACAGCCCCAUGCUGACCAUGUGCAACCAGAUGUACUCCUCCGGCGGGGCCUACAUGAACCAGUACCUCUACCACUACUGCACCGUGGACCCGCAGGAGGCCAUCGCCAUUGUCUGUGGGUUCUUCAUUGUCAUUCUUCUCUGUGUGAUUUGCUUCUUUGCUCACAAGACGCGCCACAAGAUCUGGAAGUUUGGGAAGCCCAAUAUCUACUGGGACAAGCCACUCGCCUUCCAGGAAGGCCCCAACGUGGAGGAGUGGGUGAAAAACGUUGCGGAGGGCGCCAGCAUGCACGAUGAGACGGCCACGCUGGCCUACUCCGAGAAGCCAUUCAGCCCCGUCAACGCCCCGGCCAGCGCCUACGGCUACCCGCACAAGGAGAACGGCUACUAUUCCCCUGAGGCCUACAACCCCAGCAGCUCUCCUGCCCGUGUGGUCAGCGAGCAGCCCGCCAGGACCUUCAGCACCAGCACGCUGGAGGAGAGGAGGAGGGAGAGCUCCAGCAAGCCCCCCGCCCGGCGUGGGAGGAGAAGGAGGCGCAACCCCGAGCUGGACGAGUCCCAGUACGAGACAGACUACACCACAGCCAUGGAGUCCAGCGACGAGCGGGACAAGGACGAGUGGGGCAGCGUGUACCCCCCAAUCACCUCGGACAGCAUUCGCCAGGAAUACAAGCAGGAGUUCGACACCGACCUCAAGCACUACAAGCAGCUGUGCGCCGAGAUGGACGACAUCAACGACCAGCUGAACCAGCUCAGCAAGCAGCUGGACGGCUUGUCGGAGGACAGCCCGCAGUACCAGGGAGUCGCCGAGGAAUACAACCGGCUGAAAGAUUUAAAACGGACUCCUGAUUAUCAGACAAAGAAAAUGGAGAGCAAAGCUCUGCGGAACAAGCUGUUCCACAUCAAACGCAUGGUGAGCGACUACGAUAAGAUGAGAGGGUAGCGCAGAAAGUGGAAUCCUUUGGCGGGGGAAGAAAUUCUGCAUCUGGUCAGCCGCCUUCCCGCCAUGAAGCGCUGCAGGAAUGCCAAACACCUGGACUAAACACAGAUUUCUUUUUGUUUUGUACAUUCGUUUCAAAAGCAGAAUCUCUCUAUCUUUGUGCCAUUUCCAAACCGAAACCCAGUGGGUCUCGGAGAGCGGGGCAAGAGGGUGAUUUUUAGAACAGAAAUGAAACUCCACGGAAGUUUGCGCUCUGUUUGAUUCCGGUGGGCCCGUAUCCUGCAAUGACCUAAGCAGAAAUCCUGGUCCCAUUGAAAUCAGUGACAUCAGUGGGGCUAGGAGAUCCUUCUUGGUGCUUAAGUUUAUGCAUGCGAGUCAUUAAUUCAAUAGAACUGAGCAUUAAGCAUGCGCCUGCGGGUGCUGCAGCAUCGGCCCCUCGGUUUGUACGUGUGCAGAUGUACAUUUGUAAAUACGUGGCUAUGUAUAUAAA